AUGGCUGUGUUGUAUGGCAGCGUGUUGUUUGCUGAUACUUUAGAAUCAUUCGUAUUUGCCGUAAGGUCUGUUAAAGAAGUGCAGAUUCUCUCAUGGGAGGAAAUUAUCAUUGAUCUCAUUCGAGGCUCUGUAUUCCUCGAACUCGACACUACUUCGUCGAUUCCGGAUUCUCAUUUUACCGCAUUUACAUAUCUGAGGCUUCCUCGCGUUGUCCAGCAUCUUUGCUCGAACGAAGUACCAACGGAAGUGCUGUUCAGUGCGUUAUUCAAAGUGGCCGGUUUUCACACGCUAUUCAACAAUGCUGAUCUGAAAUCAAGAUGCGAUACGUUUCACUUUCUGCUGCAGGAGUUUUCGAAACUGGGGCUAAUUUCAGACUCUGACGUUAACGUCUUAAUGGAGGAACGCAACAAGGAGAAGUACAACCUGGUGGAGACACCGCCUGAUAAUCAACCAAAUGUAACCUUGGUGCUGAAAGCUGAGCCGACCCUGCAGACAUUGCUUAAGAGUUUCAACUCUGAUAUAAUCCAGAAGCAGGAAAAACUGGCUCAAAUGAUGCAUCAUAUGAUUUCUGGAAAAAGCUUCGAGUUUAUCUGCGCAGCCGCAGCCGCCACUGGAAAAAUCAAAAUUUUUGCCGCCAAGCUGAUGGAGUUUAACGAAUCAUCCAAAUUAACGGAUGGUAGCGAAGAACCUGGCAAAGACUUGGCACUCGGCGGAGAACUUUUCGACCUGUCGUUUUUGUUACUCAGUCGAAUAGCCCAACUGUAUUCUGCUCAGAUUCUCUACCCUUUGCCGACCUCUCAAAGCUUUUUCGAAUCGUGGUGCAACCGUUACUGUGUUCUUUCUACCCCACCGUCAGACAACGUUGUGUACAUGCCGGGUCAAGCUGAUCAAAACGAAGACUUCCGCGAAACGUUCAAAAACUGGAACGAUAUCUGUGAGCAGAUCCCGUUGAUCGGCCAAGCGAUUCUGAAUGAGCUGAAGAAGGACUCACUAACGGGUGAGGAGAUGACGAACGUGUUCAUGGGCCUACUGUGGGUCAAAGUGAACGGUGUGCAGUGGAUUUGCUGUCUUUUGCUAUGCUUAGCCCAAUGGAUCGUGCAUUGCAAGCCCAGUGAAGAGCGAAAGAAACAGGUAUUUAUGGCAAGCGUCACUAAGCGGAUGUUGUCGCCGCUGUUGGCACCACCGAAGAUACCACAGUCGCUUCAUCCAUGGCUUUAUUCGACCAAGAAAUUGUCCGCGGCUCAAAUAGCAGAUGAGGAUCCACAGCUGUUGCCAAAUGCCGACGUUUUGCAUAUACUGCUGGCGAAGUGUCUGCAGCAGAGUUGGGUUCUGUCGUCGGUAUUUGUGAUGGUCGAGAAAUUUACGCGUCUCGGCAAAAUCCGGAAGUUCAUUAAGGCGUUGAUAGAGGAAUUGCAGAAGCUGUUCGCCCAAGAAGAAAUAAUUAUUUGGUGCGAUCUGACACUGGCAUGCUGCUUGGUUUCACCGAGUCGGUGUUUAUACGCGUGCGUCGAUGCGAUCGUAAACUUUGUACUCGAACCUGGCCGAGAUCUGUUUUGCGUGGCACCGCGGGGCCCGGUUCUGGCUCAUUUUCUGGUGCAGCUCUAUCUUAUCAGCUUGAAGUUUUGUUCCUCACAGCUCUCUGACAUUCCUUCUGACUUGGUCGAAGGCUUCUCAGACUCACAGCUUUGCGAACCGGUCAGUAAAAUGCCAAAGUUGGAUGCCGAACUUGGUAAGCUUAAUCGCGUUUAUUAUUUAUAUCCGUUGUGCGCGACCUUCGUAGUUAUGGCUGUUUUUUUAACGUGGCAGAAGGAGGACAGAAGUUUAAUACUAUUUUGAUG